AUGGAGCCAGGCGCGCCGUGGCGCGAUCCGCGCCAGGGGUACGCCUACGGGGUCGGAUCGGCGAUGCAGAUGCCGCUGCAGCAGCGGGCCGACGCGGCCGCCGGUGGAGGAGUGCUGAAGAGGAGCCUCGGCGAGCUGGAGAGGUGGCAGCACCACCACCAGCAGCAGGUGCAGCACCACCAGCAGCAGCAGGUGGCGGCGCAGCAGGAGCUGUACCUGCGCGCCGUGAGGCAGCGCACGGCUGCGGCGGUCGAUAUCGCCGCCUUGCUGGCAGGGACCCCGGGGGCUCGGUCUCUGGUUCUCCCCGGGUCCAGCUUCGGAGGGGGCCUGGCGUCGCCUUCGUCGACGCUGUCGUCGCUCACCACCGCGUCCAGGGCGGCGGUGCCGCUGAUGCAGCCGCAGCUGCAGCGGCAGGUGCCGCUCAUGACGUCCUCACCGCAGACGCAGGCCUUCGGGCUGCCGAGGGCGCCGCCGCUGCCUCAGCCGGCGGUCUCGAGCGAGCUGUUGAUUUUGCAGGAGCUCGAGAAGCAGCUGCUGGACGACGACGACGACGACGACGAGCCGGUGGCGGCGAUGAGCGGCACCGGUUCCGCGGUCACCAACUCCGAGUGGGAGGAGACGAUACAGCAGUUCAGCUCCAUCGCGGCCGCGCCGUCGCCCGGGCUCCCUGCAGCGGCGACCCGAAACAACAAUAACGUGGGGAUGACGAGGUCACCUUCAAACUCUUCCUCCUCCACGGCGUCUUCAUCCGCGUCCUUCUCGCCGCCGGCCCCGGGGGCGGCGGCGAGGCAGCUAUUGUCUGAAGCCGCGGUCGCUGUCGCGGAGGGCCACCAUGACGCGGCGGCCGCCCAUCUGGCCGCCCUGAAGCGCGCGACCAACCAGCACGGCGACGCGGAACAGCGGCUGAUUGCCAUGAUGGUGGACGCGCUGUCCUCCCGCAUUGGCCGGGCCGCCUCCGCCCCGGCUCAACACCUCGCCGAGCUCUGCAGCGAGGACCAGCGCGCCGGGUCCCAACUCCUCCAGGACAUCUCACCGUGCUUCCGCGUCGCCCUCCACGCCGCCAGCGUCGCCAUCGUCGAAGCGGUGGGCGACCACUGCGCCAUCCACGUCGUCGACUUCGACGUCAGCCUCUCCCAGCACGCUGCUCUCAUCCAGUACCUCGCUGACCGACGCGUGCAGGGCAGGUCCCUGAAGGUCACCGCCGUCACCGACCCGAGCUCACCGUUCUCGCAGGCUCAAACUGCGUCGCUAACCACCAUCGCGGAGCCGCUGAAGAAGCUCGCGGAGCGAGCUGGUGUGGAGUACCGCUUUAAAGUGGUCAGCUGCAGAGCAGCAGAGCUGGACGCGUCCAGGCUGUGCUGCGAGCCCGGGGAGGCGGUGGCAGUCAACCUCGCCUUCGCACUCUCCCACGUGCCCGACGAGAGCGUCUCUCCGGCCAACCCCCGCGACGAGCUGCUCCGCCGCGUGCGCGCGCUGGGCCCACAGGUGGUGACCCUCGUCGAGCAGGAACUGAACACCAACACGGCCCCGCUGGCGGCGCGCUUCACGGACGCGUGCGCGCACUACGGCGCCAUCCUGGAGUCGCUGGACGCGACGCUAGGGCGGGAGACUGCGGAGAAGGCCAGGGCCGCGGAGGCGGCCCUGGCGAAGAAGGCGGCGAACGCGGUCGGCCGGGAUGGCCCCGACCGGCUGGAGCGGUGCGAGGUCUUCGGCAAGUGGCGCGCCAGGUUCGGCAUGGCGGGCUUCCGCCCGGUGUCGCUCGGCUCGGGCAUUGCGGAACAGCUGGUCGGCGCCCGCGUCGGCCCGGUGCCACCCGGGUUCACAGUCAAGGCGGAGAACGGCGUGCUCCGGCUCUAUUGGAUGGGGCGCGUGGUGACCGUCGCCUCCGCGUGGCGCUAG